AUGAGUGCACAUAUCGAGGAAGCUUCUACCUUUAUGUGCGCAAAGCUAAGGUUCUGCCUUGCCUCAAGAUCUGCUGCAUGGGCAUGUAGAAAUUUUGUUUUGUGGGGAUCAAAGCUAGCUAUAGAUAAAAAUGAGGUUGGAUAUGUAGAGGUAAUGCUAGGGAUAUUGACUGGCGUACCGUUUGCUAUGACGAUCUAA